ACAAUCGAAGUCUUCGCAGCUCUAACUCGUACAAAGAAAAUAGAAAUCAAAAUAAUAAUGAAGUGAUUUCCUCCGCGAAAAAAACGCGACAAAUUGUAUUUGUGGGCGCGCAUCAACACGGGAAAACACGCCGCGCACAGUGCAGUUUGCCGCAGCUCGUUGCUGGCAGGCAAAGACACAGAAAAAAGACAGCAGCAGCAGCGCAGUGGCAAGUGCAAAAGCAAAAGCAAAGACAGCAAACACACAGCAAAGCAAACGCACAAAGCAGCAAGGGACAUUUUUUUGGAGGCUGCUACGGCCGUUUGGGGCAACGUUAAGCAAUAAAAGACACCAUCAUUGAGCACAAAAUUUGUGGCCCGAAGAUGAGCUGCAAGGUGCGGCUGAUGGAGGACGGGUCUCUGGACGAGGAACCGCUGACCCUUAAGGAGAUUGCCUACCAGAAGCUAUGCAACAACCUGGACAUCAUCAGCGGACUCCGUCCCGAUGGCCAGCGUUGCCUCAACUCGGGCAUUGUCCUGCCCAACGAGAUCUGUGACGGUUUCUUGGAGAACUACCAGCGUUUUAACCGACCGCUGGACGACAGCGUCAUCUGUCUUUUUGAGGACACGCAGCGUACCUCGCUCAAGAUUGUCAAUCUGCGCAACAGCACGCUGAGCAGCAUUGGUUUGGAGACCUUGAUGCGCCACAAGCUAUUCGCGCUGUCCAUGUGGUACUGCGAUACGAUCACCGUGCGAUCUCACCACCUGCUGGCCCACUACGGCGACAGCUUGCGCUCCUUGGAGCUCGGAAUCAGCUCCCAUCUGCUGCAGUAUGCGGAGCCCAACGAGAAGGAGCCGGUUGACUUUCAGCUGACAUGCCCGCAUUUGCGGCGUUUGGUUCUCAACGGCGUGGUAAUGCAUCAUCGCCUGCAGUUCGCCCAUUUGCACGAUCUUGGGCACUUGGACCUCACCUCCUGCGUGCUGGCCAACUUCAGUUUGGAGGCUUUGGGCUCGCUGCCCAACUUGCACACGCUCAUCCUCUUCAAUGUGUGGCCCAUUGCCAACCAGCUGCACGCCAUCUGCUGCCUGCGGCGCUUGUGCACACUUGACAUAUCCAUUUCCAGUUCCGGCAGUGGCCAGGGCACAUAUGACCUACCCGACCAAACGCUGGAGAUGCUGAUGGACAACCUGAGACACCUGACUCACCUGGACAUCUCGGGUACGAAUUUGGCUGGCAAUGGCGUGGCCACCAAGGAGUCGACAAGUGCCGCCAGUACCGCCAUACAGUCGUCCAGCAGCACUAAGAUGGAGCAAAACUUUGCCCUUACUGAUAUCCCUGGCUUGGCAUCGCGCACUCAGCGUCCACUGCAGUUUCUGGGACUCUAUCAUACCGCCCAUUGGGCUUGCAAAAGACACGAUAUUCCGGCUUUGGAGGUAGCCGGAGAUGCCAACGAGCAGCAGAUCCUCACGGCAGCGCGGUAUUAUCACGACAGACCGGUGCUUUUGACAAGGGUACUCAACGAUCUGUACCAUCUGUUUCGCUUCGAGAACUGCAAGGACAUACACACAGCGCUGGAUGUAGUGCUGUCCGCCAUGGAUCGGCAUCUUAAAUUUAAGCACAUGCAAAUCUCCGGCAGUGCCACAUUAUUCUACAUUGUCAAGGGCAGAGAUCGCUCAAAGUUUGGAACUCUGCUGCGGAACCACAUCAUUCGCACACUGCUCAACGGCAUGGAAAUGCAUCUCACGGACGACACCAUGUUACGGAAUGGUUACCUCACACUCACCCAGUUCCACAUGCCCGCCGAUGUGCUGUUCGAGUACGAGCGUCUCAUCAAGAUCCUGCUGCACGGCGUCUCCAAGACGGAACAGGAGGGAUUCGUUCAGCGCAUUGCCAUCUAUCUUCUAAACACACUGGCAUGCCAGGUGGACGGACGCCAAAAGCUCUUCCUGGGCGAGUUGGGUGUAGUCAGUACCAUGCUGACCCUGAUCAAGGAUCGCCUGACGCGCUCUGUCUUCGACGAUGUAAUGGAGGUGGCCUGGUCCACCAUGUGGAAUGUAACUGAUGAGACUGCUAUUAAUUGUAAGAGAUUCCUUGAUGGUCGAGGCAUGGAGUAUUUCCUCAAGUGUUUACAUACCUUCCCGGAUCGUGACGAGCUGCUGCGCAACAUGAUGGGCUUGCUGGGCAACGUGGCCGAGGUGAAGUGGCUCCGGCCCAAGCUGAUGACCCAGGAGUUCAUCGAGGUGUUCGCCCGCCUGCUGGACUCCCUAAGUGACGGCAUCGAGGUGGGUGGAUCUGAUGCUAGUGCGAGUUUGCUGGCGAGAGUGCGGGAGAGGGAGAUGGAGAUGGGCAGUGCUAACCAUGCUAACCUGCGCUUCCAGGUCAGCUACAAUGCGGCUGGAGUGCUGGCACACAUCGCCUCUGACGGUGCCGAGGCCUGGACCAUCAAGACGCCCAGUCGGGAGCAUGUUCUGGAGCGUAUGGUGGCCGCCAUUCAGCGCUGGAACAUCAAGAGCGAACGCAACAUCAACUAUCGGAGCUUUGAGCCGAUCCUUAGCCUGGUGCGAUGCUAUGAGACGCCCCAAUGCCAGCACUGGGCUGUUUGGGCUCUGGCCAAUCUGACGCAGGUUUACCCCGAGAAAUAUUGUCAACUGGUAGAGCAGGAGAAUGGCAUCCAGAUCCUGAAUGAGCUCAUCGAGCACGAGACGCCCUACAGCGAGAUCAAGCGCAUCGCCCGCCUGGUCAUUGAGCAGUGUGACGCUGGAACGGAGCGCAUGGUCGAGGGCUAAGCACACGGAUUGGAUGUAGGAUAACUUAGCUGUAGACUUCAGAGUUUGUUGUAAUGUUUUUUUUUUUUUUGUUUUUUUCGUUUGCUUCCUCUGUUUUCCGUUUUAAAAGGCAAAUUACAGUGUUAUAUAUCGUUGGAACGACUCUUUCGCGACUUUUAUGUUCACGAGAAACCCCAAGCAAACGAAAAAAUAUUCGAUUAUAUAUAUAUAAAUGCUAGAUUAUACAUGUAUAUGAUGUAACCUUACCUUGUUGUAAGCCAGCGCUCUGAUAAGAUCGCCAGAAGUGUAAAUAUUGUUAAAAACCGGAACCAGAAUGAGAGGAGAAAGCAGCGGAAAUAUUAGAAGAUAGGCUAGCAAGGCAGCUGGAGAUUAAAGAAGAAUCCCUAAGAAUUAAAUUCGACCCGCGGAUCGAGUGUUUAUUCUCUAGAUAUACGACAUAUAUAUACAUAUAUAGAUGAGUGUAAAUGAAUUUAAUUGUUCGAUCUGUUCCUAGAUUUGUGUUCAUUCUACCUAUUUUUGCCUUCGUUCGCAUCAUCCACCUUCGCUCCAAGGAGGAGAAUCGUUCUAUAUAAAUCUAGCUCUAUAAACUAGGACCUAGAACUAGAACUCUAGACUAGACCGUAACCGUAAGCAACUGUAAAUAAUUGCGUUCUCCGCUUGGCAGUAAUAAUAUUUAUAACACUAUGUUAUCCAUUAGUUACCUUACAUUACGUACAUAUAUAUAUAUAAAUUUAAUUUGAUUCAUAAGCGACAUCACGCCUGUGUCUUACACAAUAAUCCUUAUCACACCUUACCACCUUAAAUUAACCAACAACAUCACCUGCUACAUCUCUCUGAGACCACUCUUCCCUCUGUUGCUUGAUUUUUGAAUAAUAUAUAAUAUAAUAAUAUAUAUUUAAAGAUUUUAACGUAACCUUUAAUCUAAAAAAUCUUGCAUCUUUUUUUCAUUACAAUUUAUUUUUAUUUGAUACCUAUUUAGGUAAUCAAAAGUCUUAAUAAUUUCCUUAAAUUUUAAAUGUAUUCUAAAAUUUCCAGUUGAAAUCCUAUAUGUUUUGCUAUCACUUUUGGUUUGUAUUCAGUAACUUUUAACAAAAUCUUGUAUUAAAAAAAUAUCAUCAAUGUGAAAUCGGAAACCCUGUAGCAGAGUGUUGAGUGGGGCACGGAGAGAGCAUUCUCUUCUUCCUUCGUCUUCAUAUGUAUGUGGUACGUGUAAAUUUCAAUAAAGCUGCAUCUAUGUAACCGUUCGAAA